AUGGCAAAGGAAACUAAAAAGUCUCAGCAAUCUCGCUCGUCUUCCUCCCCGAGGGCACCCACAGAAGCGUCAACUGGGCAGAUGGUGUUGAAGGUCAAACAAAGUGAAGGGACAAGGAGGUCAGCAAGGUUAAGCAGCAAUGAGGGGAAGAGAGCCAUUUCAGUACAGAAGUCCAAAACCAAGCAGAAGAAAAAAAGUGCAAAACUUGAUGCCAAGAUUCCCAAGAAACCACCAACUGCGUUCUUCUAUUUCUUGGAGGAUUUUCGUAAGGAAUUUCAAGAACAAAAUCCAGGUGUCAAGUCAAUGCGCGAUAUUGGAAAGGCAUGUGGAGAGAAGUGGAAAACAAUGGCAUAUGAGGAAAAGGUUCAAUAUUAUGAUAUAGCGACGGAGAAACGAGCAGAGUUUGACAAGGCCAUGGCAGAAUAUACAGAGAGAAAGGAAAGUGGUGAGGAUGAAGAAACUGAGGAUGAGGAAGAGGAAGAUUGGUCUCCCUAA